GCAGCCUCAAAGGUUCCCGUGAUUGCUAUGUUUGCUGGAUGUGGAGGGCUUGAACUGGGCCUUUCAAGGCCUGUGAGUGCUAUGUUGCAUGUUCCAUCAAAAGCGUUCAACGACCUGUCCGUUGUGUUUGGUUUCAUUGCCAGGUAUGUUUCUGCAAUUGCCUUUGUCAUCGACUUGGUCGAACGAGACAGCUACUGUCAGCAAAUUUUGAAGAAAAGGAUGGAUGAGGGAUUGCUGGAGAGAGUGGAGAUCCAUUCUGAUGUGACUACCUACGAUGGUUCCAAGUCCCGCGCGUUGGGCUGCGGAGGGGGCUUCCCUUGUCAGGGAGUUUCGACAGCGUCCGCCCAGGGUGGGCUCAAGGACAAACGCACCGGACUUGUCAAACACAUUUUUCGUGUGUUUGACACACUUCCGCAGAAACAGCAGCGCUUUUUGUACUUUGAAAACGUGAAGGCCCUGCUCGGGAAGAAGCAGUCAAUGCGGAAUCUCUUUCAUUACGUUGCCCAGGACUUUUGUGUGCUUUAUAAUUUUCAGUGA